AUGUGGUUUCAGCUCCAAGUUGGCUUCCCCUUUGGCUCAAAGAUAUGGGAAUACUUCGGAUUCGGUGGAAAACAUGGUCUCGCAUUUGAGUACGACCCGAUCUGGGAGCAAGAGCCUGAAGCGACCGAUGAGUAUUCUCGUGAUCAUAGAUUAAAGCUUAAGGAGAAUACACCAACAGACAAGAGAGAGCCAAGUGAUAACCAAAAGGUGUUCUAUGGGUACGAUGGACGUCGAUAUGUCGAGGUGUAUUCCAAGUACGUCGAGGGAGGUGGCGACCGUCUCCCAUGGUUUUAUACCGAGGGUCUUAAGGGUGAGGACUCGUCUUUCCGCGAAGGGUCUUGCCAUUCUUUCAUCGCAGUGAUUGAAUUUGGUUUAACCAUGGAGUUCUUGAACGAAUUGUCGGAAAACGAAUGGGGUGAUCAAGAAAAGCACGGCCCAGCAUUGGGACUUCUUGCUUGCUUGCGUUAA